AUGGAGCGGAUACGCGUGAGCAAGGUAGAAGGUGUCUAUCUCCUCCGCAGAGGCACUCGCUUUGAUGGCACGCUGCAUCUCAUGCCCCACCACAUCGUCUUCAGCUACCUACCCAGCCUGCCUGCAGACGCACCCGCAGACGCGAAACCACCCAGGCAGAAGGAAGUAUGGAUCACAUAUCCAAUGAUCAACCACUGCAGCCUUAAGCCUUGCCCGCCUAUCCUUCGCCAGGAGUCCUCGAUCCGCAUAAGGUGUCGCGACUUUACCUUCUUCGCCUUCUUCUUCCCCGAUGAGAAGAAGGCGCGUGACGUGUACGACAGUAUCCGUGCACUGUCGUGCAAGAUAGGAAGAUUGGACAAGCUGCUAGCUUUUACCUACCAGCCAAAGCCACCAGAAGACCAGCAAGACGGGUGGAACAUCUAUGACGCGCGGCGGGAGUGGAAACGUUUAGGCAUCAGCCCCAAAGACACGGAGAAGGGUUGGCGGAUAUCGGAGAUCAAUGUGGAGUACAAGGUACAUAAUUUGCGACAGAUACAGAUUAAGGCAUGUCUUGACGAGUGGAACAGUACUCAGCGACAUACCCCGCCCUGCUCGUCGUGCCCACCAAUGUCUCGGACAGCGUCCUUCGAUAUGCCGGCGAUCGACGGCACCGGGAAUGCCGGAAGAACCACCGUGGACGACCUGACCGGAUCCGCGGAAACAGACCCCGACCUACCCAAGAUAUACGGAGCUCAGCAGCGGAAUCUGAUUGUCGACGCCAGGCCCACAAUCAAUGCUUACGCCAUGCAGGCGGUCGGACUGGGUUCGGAGAAGAUGGACUACUAUCCUGGCGCAGAGAAGGCCUAUCUCGGCAUUGACAACAUUCAUGUCAUGCGGAAGUCACUGGAUACUGUCAUCGAGGCCUUGAAAGAAUCCGAUCUGAUAUCAUUCCCUCCAAACAGGCAGUUGCUAGCCAAGAGCAACUGGAUCAAGCACAUUGCAAACAUCUUGGACGGAACUGCCCUGAUAGCUCGUACUGUGGGCAUCAUGCACUCGCACGUUCUUAUCCACUGCUCAGACGGAUGGGAUCGCACAAGUCAGCUGAGCGCACUCAGUCAGAUACUCCUGGACCCGUACUACCGGACACUAGAAGGUUUCAUCGUCCUAGUAGAGAAGGACUGGCUGUCCUUUGGUCACAUGUUUCGGCAUCGAUCAGGAUUCCUGAGCCACGAAAAAUGGUUCACAGUUGAGAAUGAAAAGAUUGAACGCAAGGAUGGCCAAGGAGGGGGCAACGCCUUUGACAAUGCCAUUCGCGGUGCACGAGGUCUCUUCAACCGUCACAAUGAGUCGAACGAAUCAUUGAAUCAGCUUCCAGAGUCCAACGGCGAUAACGUUACGGACAUUGCCGAUAUUACUGCGCCGAAGCCUGAAAAGAUCGGGGCAGCAGAAGAACACCGAGUCACCAAGGUGAAUGAACUGUCGCCUGUCUUCCAUCAGUUCCUUGACUGUGUCUAUCAAUUGCAUUACCAACAUCCAACACGCUUUGAGUUUAGUGAGCGCUUUUUGAGGCGCUUGCUAUACCAUCUCUACUCUUGUCAGUACGGUACAUUCCUUUUUGACAACGAGAAGGAGCGCGUAGAUUCAAGAGCAAAAGAGCGUACAAGGAGCGUAUGGGACUACUUCCUUUGCCGGAAGCAGGAGUUCAUGAACCCAAAGUAUGAUCCGGAAACGGACGACACCAUUCGUGGAAAAGAGCGGAUAAUAUUCCCUCGAAAAGGAGAGGCACGCUGGUGGGCAGAGUGCUUUGGUCGCACUGAUGAAGAAAUGAACGUCUUUGGACCUCAGGCUCCACCAAGCCUUACGCCACAGACUAGCAUCGCGAGCAACGGAAAGAGUGGUACUACCACACCGAUACCCGAGGAGCCUAUCGUCACUGGCAUAGAGACAGCGGACGGAGCCAUCGGUGCGGGCACGACGGUGAAUCUUCCGCCUACGCACGCCAUCGGUGAUCGCUCACCAAAAGUAUCCAGCACGCCGAAGCCUUUCGAUGCGGCUGCGGCGCUUGGGCAGGAUCUCCGACAGGGCGUCAUGGCAAGUUUUGAGAAGCUGGGAAUCACUGCAAGCUCAAGCAGGGCCGUUAGCCCUGCUGCAGAAAGUAACAGAGCAAGCGCGGACGUUGCGCGAGAAGCUGUCAAGCCGAGUUCGCAGCUCAGCCCAGACAUUGAUCAAAAGCCACAGCAAGCCCCAAAGCCUGAAGACGUGAAGAUUGCGCAGCCUGAAGAUGAUAGCAUUGAUAUGAACGCGGAUAAAAGUGCGGAACAGGUGUUAGAGACGGAGGCAGCGCAAAACACUGACCUGGGUCUUGGAUCAAAUAUUGUCGAGAAGAAGGCGGAGAAUCGAACUAGAAGUAGAAAGCCCAGCCACAACCCUGAGGAGAAGAAGGAUGUUGUUGAGAUGGAGAUGCAAUGA